AUGGUCGAGAAGUUCGAAUCGAAACGCGUACCCCCAUCAGAACACAUCAUUCUCAGCAUCAGCGAUUUGCAAUCAGCUGCUGCAGCGAAACUUCCAACUGGCAUUCGAGACUUCUAUAACUCAGGCUCUACAGACCAAAUCACCGUCUUGGACAACUCAAACGCAUACAAGAAAUACAAGUUACGCCCUCGAGUCCUCCGAGAUGUCUCAAACGUAUCCACAUCCGCGUCCGUCCUCGGCAAAACAAUCGACUUCCCCCUGUGCGUAUCCCCAGCCGGCAUCCAGGCCAUGGCCCAUCCCUUGGGCGAGCUAGCCACGAGUCGGGCAUGUGCCAAAAGAAACGUCCACAUGGGCAUAUCCUCCUUCUCGAACUAUUCCGUGGAGGAAAUCUGCGAGGCUUCCCGCGCCAUCGCACCCAUCGGCCACGUGAUGCAGGUGUAUUCGAUGAAAGACCGCGCGAAGCAAGAGCGCAUCAUCAAGAGAGCAGAACAGGUUGGUUGUGUAGCGAUUUUCCUGACCGCUGACAGCCCCGUUCUCGGCGUCCGAUACAACGAGCACCGUAACGACUUCCGGACACCAGCCGGUCUGGCCUUUCCAAUGCUCGAGAAAACAUCGGAGAUGAUUCGCGCGGACACGCAUGACGCCAGCUUCGUAGGGUUCAAUUCUGACUACCACUCUUGGGCGCGGGAGAUACCAUGGCUGAGAAGUAUCACGAAGAUGCAGGUCUGGAUCAAGGGCGUUUUGACUGCAGAGGAUGUGCUGCUGGCGCGCGAGUAUGGAUGUGAUGGGGUGGUUGUUAGUAAUCACGGCGGCAGGCAGUUGGACGGAACGCCGGCGACAAUUGAUGCGUUGCCGGAAUGUGUCGAGGCUGCUGCGGGCCAGAUACGGGUCCAUAUUGAUGGGGGGAUUAGAUCGGGUCAAGACAUCUUCAAGGCACUUGCUCUGGGAGCAGAGUGUUGCUGGGUGGGGAGACCAGCGAUCUGGAGCCUGGCGUAUGAUGGUGAAGCUGGGGUGCGUACGAUGCUUGAUAUUCUGUAUACUGACUUCCGUCGUUGCAUGCAACUUACGGGGUGCAGCUCGAUUGCCGACAUCAGUAAGUCGUCCUUGGGCAUUGCAAGGAAAGACGGCCCCUUGGCUCGCCUCUGA